UCUGGCGGUGGCAUGGCUGGUCGGGUGAUGGACAACGAGACGAAGGAGCAGUUGUUGUUCAAGGACACCGACAUGCGCAGGAACGGGGACAGCGGAGGCGUUUCGCGCGAGGAAUACGGGGUCGGGGGCUACGGCGGAUCAGGGGGGGCAAGAGGCGGGGGGUCCGGGUACUACCCAGGCGCGCCUCCGUCCUACAUGGGAGCAGAGGGAGUAAGCAGAAAUACGAACAACAACCAUUCCUUAGGCGGGUCGAGACCACCGGUGCUGGCUAGGAUGACAGGGGAGGAUUUCCUGGCGCCUCUGCGGAUGUUCCAGCGAAGGGUCUUGUACGCCAACGUUAAGAUGGACGGGACGGUGGAGUACCCCUCCGCCAGCGUGCGCAUCGACGACCCCUACGUCUACGUGCCGGACACCGACUUGUCCCGGAUGUGCUCACCGCACUACACGCACGUGAUGGCCAACAGCAGCAAGGGCAACCUUGGCGGGAUGGACCCGGCGGUGGCGCGGGGCCCAGGGGGGGGGUUCCCUACCGCUCUCGCUUCGGCAGCCCCCGAGUCUGGCAUGUGGGAGAUCAUGGCCCAAGUUCUGGAUUCGUUAGGGUGGGAGCGAGUAGACAUCUUCAACCCGGAGGGCAUGUCCCCUUACAAAGACCUAGUCGUGGUUAACCAAUGGCUGAACUCGGAGGGUACCGACAUAGUCCGGCACCUUGUGGACAACUCCCCCAACAAGCCCGUCGAGGAGGAGAACGAGAGGCGUCGGGAUGAGGAGCAAGAGCAAGGGGCCGUUGUCGAGGACUUGAUUAGCGGGUUUGAUGACGACGAAGGCGAUGGCGACGAUGCGUGAUGCCAGCUUUAGGGGUUGGGAUUUGAGUGUUUAUCUUGCCGAGGGACUUGCUUUGUUUCUGCAUCUUUUGCGGAUGAAGAGUUGGUCGCCGGCAGGGUAGCCACGUGGACAAUGUUACCGGUCCUUGAAGUCAGCAGUACAUCGAUGCGGGAUUGACCUUUGCGGCACCAGAAGUCCGCUGCCUUUGGGUACGAUGGCUGGACGGGGGGGGGGGCUGCGCGAUAGUCAGCUCGAUCUCGGGGCGGAUUGCGACGGAUACAAUUUGUUGAGAGUCGCCGUCUUGUGCGGAAAAUGUUUUGUGCGGAUAGAUGGCGACGUAAGUCAGGAGCCAGACAGUUGCAGCAGUCGGGUGAUUUUGUUGAGCCUCCGCCGCCACCCCAUCCACCCCACCCCCGCUUUGCGUACAGCCACACGAGUGCGUGCCCACCGAGUUCAUGCCCACGCUACAAGACCGGCCCUGAUGCCUCCAUUGUUUUCGCCAGUUGUUUCUCCUCUCCCUCCCUAACAGGAGAAAUGUGCGAACCCGGCCUGUCUUGGGCUGCGUCGGGACGAUGUUUUCGUCAGAAGCGCGCGGAAACUCGGCGCGGGCAGGCACCCUGUUCGUUUCGUUUGGUUUUAUGGAGAGAGAGAGAGAGUUGUCGUUCUUCAACUGGGUCUCCUAGGAGCGACCAAACGUGGUUUUGUAGUGUAGAAGCGUUUCGUCUAGUCUGGGAGACGGGUGGGGGGAGGUAAAUGUAGUGUCUGAAAUUCUGUCUUGGUUGUCUAACUUACGAAUUUAUUUACUGCCGGAUUGUACGAUCGAUCGACUUGUUUCAUGCACAUACAUCGUGGCGUAUGCCACUCUCUUCCCAAAGGUUCAAGGGUCGACAAUGAUUACUUUUAUGUAACUGCUGCUUUGUUAUGUUGCGGCCGUUGUUCGCUGAGUCACGGCCGCGGUGCUGGGGGCUUGCGUGUUGUUUGGGUAUGAGAAUUACCUGCCACCUUCAAUGUUAGUGGGUCGGGGACUGCUGAAGGUACCGCCCAGAGGGAGCAGGCUGCUCCUCGACAUGGUACAAUAGUUGCGGGCAUGACACAUCAUCAUGUUGUUUCAGUAGCUGUGGCAGAGGUUCAGCAGCACGUUAGCAUGUGCAUUGAAGCAUUACCUUUGACCAUGGAUGAAUUUUAGCGUUCGAAGGACACGCCUCUGGCAGGCUUGAGAGCUCAGGCGCCGCUUACCAACGUCUCUCGCAAUGAUUUCGCGAAAACAUGCACGGAUAGUCAUACUACUACUGUAACUCGACCGCCCCUAGAGUGGCGUGAGGCGUUCAAUCUUGAUUUUGAGACUUCUUUCAAGGUGCGCAACUUUACCUCUUCUUCAGGGCAUCGAUUUUGAAUUACUGUACCGUCCGUUGCACCAUUCUUUUCGUGGAUCUAAUUUUCGAAGAAGAGCUGAGCCUGGCAUGUGUGUGCGCAAAGUUACGUAGUUGCCCGACAAACCGCCGCAUCCCUGCCCCGUGGGUAAUACUUCAGGAUGCAUCG